UAAUACUACUAGAUGACGUCGCGCACAGAAAGUCGGAAACCAGCUUACGGACUAUCGCUGUGAGGAGCUUAGAAAAAGCAUGGUGGACUUGGCAUAGAACAAGUAAACAUGUCCAGUGUGUUACAACGGGUGUUGCAGCAGGUGGCUGUCCAGGCUACCGUACCAUCCGGAAGUCUUGCUUUCAGCACUACAGCCUGUCUGCAUGAGAUUCGGAAGAUGGCUCGGAUGAGAGUAGUAGACAACAGCACUCUGGGCAAGGCGGCACUGGCCUCGGGGAAACCACCCCGUGUCAUUCACGUGUACAACAAAAAGGAGGUUGCAACCCUUGGAGACAAAGUUCUUCUGGCCAUCAAAGGACAAAAGAGACGUGCUUAUGUUGUGGGUGUUAAACAGAAACAGAGAGCUAACGUUCCCAGAUUUGACACUAAUAAUGUUGUGCUUAUAGAGGACAAUGGUGCCCCAAUUGGAACCAGGAUAGCGGUACCAGUCCCCUCUAUGUUGAGGGGGAAGUCGGGGGAUUUUACAAAGAUCCUCUCCAUAGCUACAAGAUUUGUUUAGAUUCAUGUCAGUAAUGAUGAUAGUGUAGCAUGCGUGAGUGAAUGAUAAUAAAGAUGACAGAUGAAUUAGAA